AUUUUUUUCAUCAAGUGCGGAAAGAUUUAUUAAAUCCAGUAAAACUAUGUCGUCAGGGAGAGUCUUCACUGUUGAACUGUUCCUUUAUUAAUUCGGUUGGAAUUGGAUUUUGACGCACCGUGGCGACUUUAGUGAGGUGGCAACUUUAGUGGCAUUGACGGUAACUGUUAAGUGACUACGGACUACUCGGGACUAGAUCCAAAAUGAUGGCACCACUUCAUCUGCGUAAAAUUUUCAUUGGCGGGCUGGACUACAGCACCUCAAGUGAUGUUCUCAAGCAGCAUUUUUCAGCUUAUGGCGAUGUAGUUGAUGCUGUAGUUAUGAAAGACCAUUCUCUCAACAGGUCUCGGGGAUUUGGUUUUGUUACAUUUACCAAUGCAGAUCAUGUGGAUGCUGUUCAAAGAGCUCGGCCACAUAGAGUAGAUGGCAGAGUUGUGGAGACCAAACGAGCUAUGCCACGCAUGGAAACGACUAAUCUACCUUCAAAAAACUCUACUUCAGAAGGCUCAAACAAUAGACUCUUUAUUGGAGGCUUACCGCAGGACGCCAAAGAAGCUGAUAUUCAACAGUGCUUUGAGAAGUUCGGUCAGAUCACCUGUGUGAACAUCAUGUAUGACAGCUCCAGUGGACGGCAUCGAGGAUUUGCAUUCAUUGAUUUUAAUGACUAUGAUCCUGUUGACAAAAUUCUGUUGACCAGACAUCACGUUAUAAAAGGGAGAUCAAUAGAUGUUAAAAAGGCGAUCAGCAAAGCAGACAUUAACAAAUUGAAGAAUUUUUCCUCUGGUAAUGCGACGGAUGCUCAAGCUAUGCUGCACACAUUAUUGCAAAGCGCGGCCUCACUGCCGGCUCAGGCGUCAACUCUACUGCAUCCACAUGCUACUGCUACUGCGUCCAUACGUCUCCGUACUGCCGCAACUCGACCACAUUUUCCUACAGCUAAUACAGUUCCAAUUCGCGUUCCUGCGAAUGCCAUUCCAACCUUUGCACAUAAUAAUGUCACUUCCCCAUUCAGUUCAGGGAUUCAACCACAACUGAACUCAUUUAACGCAAGCAAUAAUAUACUUGGUGCUGGAAGGCAACAGCAACAAAACCCUAAUAACCAUGGUUGGCAGUACAGCGUUAGCAGCACAGCUGAGGUGCUACGAUGUAACGCCGGCUCAAGAGCUAGAGCUGGAAGCAAUGGCAGCAUUGAAACGCUAAAUAACCAGGAAACCAGUUCUAAUAUAAGUUCUGGGAAAGACCAAGUUCAUGACCAACUAAAUCCUGAAUUGAUUCAAAAUAUAUCAAAUCAUGAAACAUCUAGAAACGUUGCAACUCUGAAUAAUCACUCUAGUACAAAAAAUUACGCUAAUGCUGAAGUAUGGCAAAGCAAUGCUAACUGUGACGUGUGGCGCAACAAAAGCCAAGACGAUAAAAUUUCAAGUAGUACGAGUGCGAUGCUCACAGGUAUUAAAAGUGAGCCUCAUCCUGGAAUUUCUACUUCAUCACUAGGGAUCGCAAUCAAAUGCGAGGAUGCACCAAUGUCUGACGAUGGAAUGUCCAGCGAUGCCAGUCGUAUUAUCAACGGUACUGGAGAUAUGGGCCCUACCGACGCUUGUAGCAACAGCAUACAAUUUAACGGAAGAACGCAUGAUGAGGCAAAUUCUUCCAAUUUCAAUGCAAGAACAACUGAUGGGAAUUCAACACAAUCCUCUUCUGUAAACGAGUCUCUUCAAAACGGAUCCUUGGAUAUGUGUCCACCCAAUGCUCAUUUACUCUUCAUUGAACCCUUCUGUGGUGGAUCUCAUAAGCAGCUUCUGCAGACUAUUUUAUCUACAUCUGGACUCACACCUCCCGAUGCGGCCGCAGUUUUCACCUUGCCAGCCAAGAAGUGGCAUUGGCGCGCCCGCACCUCAGCCCUCAACUUCAGCCAAAGUAUCCCGUCUACGCACCUAUUCAGGGUAUUAUUUUGCUCAGCAACGUUGAACUUGUGUGAGCUGAUAGGACUGAGACCAGACCUCGCUCCUCUGCGCAAAAUCAUCUACUUCCACGAGAACCAACUCGUCUAUCCUGUACGCGACACCAAAGAAAGGGACUUCCAGUACGGCUACAAUCAAAUUCUCUCAGCGCUGGUAGCAGACCGCGUUGUCUUCAACUCCCAGUACAACCUCGAGUCGUUCAUCAGGGAAGUGCCACGUCAUCUCAACCUACAGAAGGACUGUCGGUCCGACACAAGCACCAUCACGGCUAGUAUACGAGCUAAAAGUCAGGUAUUAUAUUUUCCUGUCGAGAUAACAAGACUACCGCGCCCCAGAAAAGACGCCUUAGAGCCACUGCACAUCAUAUGGCCUCACAGAUGGGAACACGACAAGGACCCGGAAACGUUUUUCCAAGUUUUGUUCCAGCUGGCAGAACUUCAGUUGAACUUCCGUGUGUCUGUUCUGGGCGAGAACUUCUCUCAAACUCCCAGCAUAUUUGAGGAAGCCUUCCAUCGCCUCAAGAACUUCAUCGUCAACUGGGGUUAUGCGCAGACUAGGGAUAAGUAUUGGGAAAUACUGCACUCGGGUGACGUUGUGGUGUCGACCGCUCAUCACGAGUUCUUUGGGGUUGCCAUGCUGGAGGCUGUGGGCGCAGGCUGCCUCCCACUCUGUCCCAAUCGUCUUGUUUAUCCAGAAAUUUACCCAAAAGAGUGUUUGUACAACACGCAGCAGCAGCUGGUCAAAGCGCUGGCUAACUUCUGCCGUUCCCCUCACCAUCUGCGCUCCGCGCUGCGACCAUCUCUGGAUCUGAAUAAUUUCAGCUGGUCUACUCUAAGACCUCAGUACGCUCGCCUUCUCGAUCUUGCCGACUGAAAUUUAUAGGAACCUGGUAUGGAACAUGUGCCUACUGACACAUUCUAGGAACAUGUGUCUACCGACACAUGUUUUUCGAGCAUCUGUGAACGUGGGCAGCAUAAAAGACGUAAUUUAUGAUGGUUUCUAGCAGUUGGGAAAUUGAAUGCGUCUGCUCUGAACAUGUAAUGAAUUAUUGAACAGGUAAUGAAUGAUUUCGUUUGCCAAACUGAAAUGAUAGAUUCAAUUGAUUUAGUUCGGUUUUGAUUAAACUGAGCCCUGGACUAAAGGGCAUCUAUUCCUUAUGUUAUUUUUCGCUCAGACGUUCGUCGUCAAAUGCAAUUUUUUGUCAUCAAAUGCUACGGUUAAUAGCUCAUACUAAGGUCGGGUAUCAUUGUUAAUUUUAUAAAUAUCUAAGUAGAAAGGAGAGUGGCCUGUAGUAGGUAUUGUAGGUAACUUAGUCUGUCUGAUGUCGUCAAGUAGUUAGUGACUAUCACGUCUUGAAGUUGAAAAUUACUAUUUCCGUCUCGAAGUUGCCGUUGACUCGAGUAUCUUGUAGCUGUUGCUUGGUGGUUUAUCUCAUAGCUGUUGCUAGGUGGUUUAUCUCAUAGCUGUUGCUAGGUGGUUUAUCUCAUAGCUGUUGCUAGGUGGUUUAUCUCGUAGCUGUUGCUAGGUGGUUUAUCUCGUAGCUGUUGCUAGGUGGUUUAUCUCGUAGCUGUUGCCAGAUGGUUUAUCUCGUAGCUGUUGCUAGGUGGUUUAUCUCGUAGCUGUUGCUAGGUGGUUAAUCUUGUAGCUGUUGCCAGAUGGUUUAUCUCGUAGCUGUUGCCAGAUGGUUUAUAUCGUAGCUGUUGCUAGGUGGUUUAUCUCGUAGCUGUUGCUAGGUUGUUCAGUUCAGUUUGCUGGGUGAUGUCUUGCCGUAAAAUUAAUGGUUAGAUUUCCAGCCGUAAUUGGUGGGGUUAUUCCUACCGUAGUAGAAAUUAACUAAAAGGCCAUCACGUAGCUAUAGUUUAUUGGACCAUCAUGUAGCUUUAGUUGAUAGGGCCAGCAUGUUGCUAUAGGUGAUUAGACUAUAAUGUAGUUUUAGCUGAUGGGCCAAACAUGUAGCCAAAAUUGGUUGGGCUAUCAUGUAGCUGUAGUUCUUUGAGCUAUUUGUAGUUGUAGUUGAUAGGGGGCAAACGUGUAGCCAUAGUUGUUGGGCUAGCAUGUUGCUAUAAUUGAUUGGGCUAUAAUGCAGUCGUAGUUGUUAGGGCUUGGAUUUUGCCAAAGUUAGUAGGGCUAGCAUGUUGCCAUUGUUGUUUGGGCUGUCGUGUGGCCCUAGUUUAAUGAGCUAUCAUGUAGCCAAAGUUGGAUAGCCUAUCAGGUAGCUAUGGUUGAUUGACUAUCAUGUGGCCUUGUCCGGUUAGACUAUCGUGUAGCUGAAUUUGAAUGGGGGCCAUCAUGUCGUUGUAUCUGAAUCAACUAUCAUACAUCUGUACUUCAACGGGCGACCAUUUAUCUGUUUGAAUUGGCUAUUAUUUAUACGUAUUUGGAUGGGUUAUCAUGUAGCUGUAAUUGGGUGGGCCAUCAUGUAGCUUUAGCAUAAUUAGCGAUUAUGAAGUUGCAGUUCAAUGGCUUACUUUCUUUUUGCCGAGGUUUAUAGGUCGAUUUCAUAGCCGCCGCAGGUGGCUCAAUUUUGUCGAUCUCACGAGUUUCUCUGUGGAAAAUGUAACAUCCAUCAGCUUGGUGAACGUUUUGAAAUGCCUGAGAUGGUCAUGUAGUUCUGACCGCCCCUGAAAUGUGUUCGUACAGAAUCUCAAUACUAACCUUAAAAUCCUUGGUAAAUCUUUGCCAUCAGGCACUAUUCGUUUCUAAUGCAGAGACUAUUGUGUCUUUGAAUUGUAUUUUUUUUUGUUUAAUAAACUUUUUCAAAUAAUAUCUUAAUCGGUUCCUUACGUCCAGUUAACGUAUUGCUAUUCGUAACGCGACAUAUCUAAACAAGGCAUGAGCUAAAUUUCCUCUACCAUGCAUAAUUAAAAGGACUUACAGAGCCUGGCUUCUGUCCAAACAAUCGGCGAGUACUUCAAGAAACAGUCAAUGCCUGCAUCAUUUUUUUAUGUUGAAUUUCUAAAUCUGAGAUUCGAUCAAUAUAAUUUUUUCUGGUCAAUUUUUUCCUGAUAGGACAUUGUAAAAUCAACUGCCAGUGCUUUCAAUUGGGAGAAAAUAUUUAUUUUCUGAAUACGCGGAUAGCUUGCUUUCGCCUUUCAGGAUGCCAAGUAAUUUGCAUUAAUGAUGUAAAUGAUUUGGCGUGUUGCAGCUCCACAAUUUUUCCAAUGGCCUUCUUAAAAACUAUGUUUUUCUCAGGCAGACGUUUUUCAUGAACUAAAAAGUUUCAGUAACGCCCUCCGAAAGUCUUACCGGAAAGGAUACAAAAAUUUUUCACUUUUGCCUUCAAUUAACUCCCUGUUAUGUUAUCCAUGUUAAUUUGAGGCACAUCGGGCUUAAAUUUAAUCACGGACAAGCGGUUAGAUAUAUAAAAGAAUGUCGGGCCCAGACGAAGUGGGAUUGCAAAAAUACUGUCCUGUUAUUGGAAAAGAAUGAAUGCUAUAAAU